AAAUUCUUGAUGCAGUCCUGCAGAGGACCAAGGCUCUUCCAGCAGCCGUGAGCCGUGUGCUGUGAAUGUUUGUUAAAGGCACGGUCUGUUUAGAUCCAGCCCCGGUUAUACAUUUACAGGAACUUAAGGCUGUGGCAGCAGCUUACGGGAUGGAUCAGGAACCACUUGCUAGACAGCUCCAUCCAAUCUAGCAGUGGUGUAAGAGAGCCAAAUUUUGGGGAGGGACAGUAAGUGUCAUGUGAAGGAAGCGGAGCGAUUCUUAAUCCUGCUGCCUGGGUCACCCCAGAGAGCGAAGAUGAACGCGGCGGUGGAAGAGGAGGAUGGCUGCAUGCUCUGAGUUCUCUGGCAUGGAUCUGUAUGAGGAUUACAAAUCACCCUUUGAUUUCAAUGCUGGAGUGAACAGAAACUAUCUCUACCUGUCGCCUAGCAUAACCCUUUCUCCACCGGGAUCACCUACGCUGGCCAAGUCUGGGCUGCUGAGGAGUGACUCUAUACCUGAGGUUGGAGAGGAUGCUGCUGCAACAGCUGGUAUGGCAGAAACACUCUCAGAAGAAGAACAGGAUGAGCUAAGGAAAGAGCUCGCUAAGGUAGAAGAGGAAAUCCAGACGCUCUCACAAGUGCUGGCUGCCAAAGAGAAGCACCUAGCAGAAAUCAAGAGGAAGCUGGGGAUUAACUCUUUACAGGAGCUAAGGCAGAACAUUACCAAAAGCUGGCAAGAUGUUACAGCAACCACAGCCUACAAGAAAACAUCAGAAACCCUUUCUCAGGCUGGCCAGAAGGCUUCUGCAGCUUUUUCAUCUGUUGGUUCAGUCAUAACUAAGAAGUUUGAAGAUGUCAGACUACAGGCUUUUGCAUAUUCCUUUAGUAUACGCUCCUUACAACAUUCCAUUAGCAUGCCUAUUAUGAGAAAUUCUCCUACUUUCAAAUCCUUUGAGGAAAAGGUUGAAAACCUAAAGUCUAGAGUUGGAGGAGGCAAACCUGCUGGGGGAGACUUUGGAGAAGUUCUCAACUCUGCUGCCAAUGCCAGUGCCACAGAAACAAUUCCAGAACAGACACAGGAGGAGACCCAGUGAGACUCCUGCCUCUCUCCUGCUCCCCACUGCCAGAUGCUGCAAGCAAAGACAAAGCACAGUUGUAACGUUCCUUGCGCUCUUUCCACCAGAUGUGCUUUUAUUGAGCACGUAGAUAUUUUACCAGGUUAACUGAUACCAAGCUGGUUUGUGGGUUCAAAACAUUUUUGAAACUAAAAUCCAUGGUUUGGGGUUUUGUGUGGGAAGCAGAAUUUUUAUGCCUUUCAAGCAUUUAAAGGACUUACCUGUAAUUUGAAGGCAACCUUUAAAAUAUAGCAGUGAAAAACCCUCUUUUGAGAAGUUAAUUAUACUGUACAUACACUGUGGACACAUAAUUUCUUUGGAAUCUGUAACUUCUGCUCAACUUAAUCAUUAUGAAUCUACUGCUGCUGCCAAACUGAAGCUUGUUACUCUGCUCCCUUGUGAUAAUUUCAGUUAAGUGUUUCCUGCACAGGACACUGGACUAGGAGGAUCACUCCGAACUCAGGAAAGGACUUCUGCUUCAGCAGGCUUUAAAGAAGCUGUCCAUAGGAGGGUUACACAUGAGAAGAGACAUAAUGUUCCCUGUCUAACAGAUGUGGAUAGGGUAAUGCAUAACAUCUAAAACUCCCUGAUUUGUCUGUGGAUUAUCUGCCUAGGAAACUUCUGACCAUUGCAGACAGAAGCAAGAUGCCUAGUAGUGCUGGUUUGGGUCAGUUAAAAAUGACAUUUUCAGUUGUUUAACGUACCUGGUGUUUAGGUGGUGCAUUCAUCAGAAUUUUUGACCUUGUGAAUAGAGUCACCUUAACCUGCACAUGGUGGUGUCACGUCUGCACUAAUGACCCAUGGAGUGUAAGCAUAAACCUGAGCACAGAAAUGGGGCUUUUUGGGGCAUCAGGAGGAUUGCUCUCAAAUGCUAAUGUCGUUUCCCUUGUAGGCUGACCAUCAAAAACAUCUCCUGCACUGUCUUUUGUUACUUUGUGUUAAAGGCCUGUGCCACUAGCACCCCUAUUCCUGUCUGAGAUCCCAGAAAUCUGUUUUGAGAGGUGCACAGUGUCAUACCGCAGCAUAGCUCUCCUACAAGAUCUCUUCCACGUGUUGCUUUAUCUGACGUGUUCUUCAGGUUUCUUGUAUUUUGUGUGCUGCUGGCACAUGGUGUUGGUACAGUUAAAACUUUUUGACAAGUGUUUUAUCACCAUGCUUAGAACUGGAAAUGAGUUUUGAAACGUUUGUGUGAAGUCCAUGAAGCUUCUACUACCACAGAGGUUUGGAGCGGUGCGUGGGGGGAAAGCUGGCUCCUGACAACCCUGUUAGCAUGUCAGAUGUAGUAUAUAUAUAUAUGCUUAAUUACAUGUGAGAAGCCUAAUAAAAAUCUGUGAGAGGAAUGUUUGUCCUGUGAAUACAGAGCAUUAUAUAAAUAAGAACUUUUUAUGUCUAAUUGAAACAGUCCUUUAAGCUUGAUUUCCAAGUAGUGCUGAUGUGUAUGAUUGUACUAGGGCGAAUCUGUGUGGAUGGAGCCCAGGUCUAGGUUGACUUCUUGUGGCUUAUGAGAAAUUAA